AUGAACACAGAUGACAACCAGUGCCAGUUUUAUUGCAACCCCAAGAACUGUUUCACUAGAUUAAAUCCAGAUACCAGAGACAAAAUGAACAGGACUGGAGAAGGAAACCAAACUUCUAUGCCCCAGGAGUUCAUCCUGUUGGGACUCUCCAGUCAUCCAGAGGUUCGGCUGGCCCUCUUCAUGGCAUUCCUCGCCCUCUACCUGGUGACCCUGCUUGGGAACCUCCUCACCGUUCUCUUGGUUGGGUCUGACCCUCUCCUCCACACCCCAAUGUAUUUUUUCCUCUCCAACCUGUCUCUCCUGGAGGUUGGAUAUACUUCAAGUGUUCUGCCCCAGAUGCUGGCCCAUCUCCUGGCAGAGCACAGAGGCAUCUCAUUGGCCCGUUGCAUGGCCCAGAUGUACUUCUUCCUCGCCUUUGGCAUAACGGAGUGCUUUCUCCUCACUGUUAUGUCAUAUGACAGGUAUGUCGCCAUCUGCCUCCCGCUGCACUACCCGCUCCUCAUGGCCAAGAGGGGGUGCAUGGCCAUGGUGGCCACUUCCUGGACGGGAGGUUUUCUAGUUUCUGCCAUCAACACUGUGUCCACCUUCCAGCUAUCUUUCUGUGGGCACCAGGAGAUAGACCAUUUCCUCUGUGAAAUGCCGGCCAUGGUGAGUUUGGCUUGUGGUGGGAAGGGCCAGGCACAAAUAGUCAUGUCUGUAAGCUGUGUGUUCACACUGGUCUGCCCGCUUUCCUUAAUAGUCCUCUCUUAUGCUCGCAUCAUUGGCACUGUCUUGAACAUCCCCUCCACUGCUGGAAGGCAUAAAGCCUUUUCCACCUGUUCUUCCCACUUGGUCGUGGUCAGCCUGUUCUUUGGGACAGUGAUUUCAAUGUACCUGAGACCCAGGUCUAGCUCCUCUGUGGGGCAGCUCAAAACAAGCUCUGUCUUCUACAUCACUGUCACCCCAGUGCUCAACCCUAUCAUAUACAGCCUGAGGAACAAGGAGGUGAUAUGCGCCCUGAGAAAAAUGAUGGGUAAGGAUGUAGGGGCCUUGCCUGAACAAUGA